AUGGCGAGACGGAAGUGGCUCGCUGCCCUUCAAGAGAGGCUUGGCCUCAGCUCAGAGAAGAAGGAGGGUAACGGGGCCCAGGAAGUGCAGAGGCAGCCUGGGUGGUGCCGGUUCGUGCCGCCUAUUCAGACGCAGCGCCAACCAUCCGCAUAUCAACUCCACCGUGAGGCUACGGAACGGCAACAGAUGCAAGCUCAUAGCCAACCGAAACAAUGCCACCAUCCGCCUUUCGCCCCUCUCCUUGGAGACGGACCUCGAAGCGAUGCAUCAUCGGAUGUCAGCCUGCACCCCGGCUUGCCUUUCAAACCGGUAGCCGCUCCGUAUUCGUCGUUGAGACGCAGGUCGGCGUACGAAAAACGAAGUCUUAGCUUUGAAGACUCAGUCGACGAACCCACUAUGCCGUCUGUGUAUAGAAAUCCCAGCGGCAACAUCCAAGCGUCAUAUGCGCCCACCGUCACCGAACCGUGCACAGAUCCAGACUUUGACAUCUAUCCCACACGGUCGCCAGAGCCAGAAUCAGAGCCGGAGCCGGUGCCAUCGGCGCUCAAACGCACCCUCUCCAACGGACGCGACCACAUUUCCAAGCUUUUUCGAUUGGGAAGGACUCCUUCCACCAGACAGCCUAGCCGGAUCCCCAUUCCUACGAACGCGAGCUCUCUAGAGAAAUAUAGGAGGCUGGGCGUGGGGUUGGCGGGCCAGCAGAAUAAAGAGACAGAAGAGAGGCGGAAGAUAAUCGAGGGCCGCAGCAAGUCUCUCAGAGUGGACAAGCGCCUCAGGCCGAGCAUGAGGAAGAAGUUGGAUACGGUAAAUGCCAGCCAGACCUGCCCGCCGUUGAGAGCGAGGCAGCAGCCUGCGAGGAGUGCAGUCCCAGAGUCGUGGAAGAACAGAUAUGGUCCGUUCUCUACCGAGGACCUAGACGCUGCGGAAGGAGUGAACGAGGCCGGACAGGGAGAGAAUCGACUCAACCUGAGUGACCUUCCACCAACUGGACAGUCAGCAUUCGCGCCUCCGACCCGUAUAUCGGAACCUCAGACGCACAGAAGAGCGUCAAUACAUAUACCAACACCGACUCCACCUCUCCGGCCAGCGUCCUAUCCGCCGCGAAACCCGCGAAACCCGCGGCAGCCACUUGCGAGCAACAGCGAUCCGCAAAUAUAUAACGAACCUACAUAUGCGCCCCCUUCGCCUUUGAUCAAUUCUUGCUCGAGCAACUACACAGAGCAGACACACCUCGAUCAUGAGCUCCCAGAUUUCCGCCCGGAGACGCCUCAGCACGACCCAAACGCGGGCCCCGCAAUCGAAGCUCCCCAGCCCCAAUCACAAUUCCAGAGCCCCUUCCUAAUCACCCCUCGCGUUCAAAAACUCCUCACCCAAGUCGACCGCGAUACCGACGAGUUUCGAAAGAAUCCUGGCGCGCCUGACGUUCAACACCGCAUAUCCGGCACAACGCUCGCUCCAACCCCGCAGAAUGAGCGUCCGCAAGCAGAUACUCCAGACACCGAAGUCUUGUGGAGAGACUGCGCAGAGAAGGGAAUUUGGCAAGAGUGUGAAGAGAGACUGAACCGCGUGGCGCAGAAGGCUGGCGACGAGGAGCGAGAGAGGUUGAGGAGGGAGCGAGAGCGGGUGGAGAUGGAGGAUAAGACGCGGGCUAUGGUUUUGAGGAAGGCUAGACCUCAAGAGGUUACGAUUCCGCGUCAGCAGCAGAGACUCCAUAAGGAUCCUCCUCACGCCUCGUACGCCCUCUCUGCAGGCCAGCACGGAGACCCUACAGGACCGCAUACAUCCUUACAAGAAACCGACAACUGCAACGGCCGGGAUGCAGCAUGGAACAACCUACCUACCGCAUCCGACCACCGCUCUUCCCUUCCUCGUCUUCCGCAAAACGCGGCGCCAUGUACAUCCGAAGAGCCAUAUCGAACCUCCACUCUAACGAGACCCUACACCUUAUCCGACGCCAACCAUCCAAUGCCUGUGCAUCACUCCACUGAGACUUUCACAGUCCCACCCCGCACAUCCAGCAUGCAGCACACCAGCUCCAGCCGCCCACCUGCCCAACCGGUAUCCUAUCCCGCUCCGCCCACCCACCAGGAACAACCCAAAGAUACAUAUCAACCGCCCCCAGUAACCGCACAGCAACAAAUGGAUCUGCGGCGUACUAUGUCCUCCCAAGAUCCUCCUCCUCCUUCCCAGGACGAUGGCCAUCCAGAGCCACAAUCGCCGAAGGGCAGUAGGCUUAGCAAAGAACCUCCUCUGCAACAACAGCAACAACAGAUGCUACAACUGAGCGAGACGCGAACCGUAAUAUCUCUCGCCGCAUCCAGAGCUUCCAGUGCAGAAUGCAGCGCCACACAGUGA